ACUCGAUCCGACCCGCGGAAGCAAAAAAGUCGGGGCGAGAUCCUUACAAUGCACUUACUGCAUCCUACCCUUGCAUCCUACCAUCGACACACAGGAAGGAAGAAGAGAGACUGCAAUACAAGUCUCUCAGCUUACCUGGACUCUCCUACUAGUGCUCUUGUAUCAUGGCCAGACCCGGCCAAAAUGCGGCUCGUAAACGACGAGCAGCCCAAGCUGUCGAUUCAUCCUUCGAAUCGGAUGCUGCAGGUUCUGGGUCGGAGGAUGAGGACGGUGGAGGAGGGCAUGGCAUAGAGCCGUACAAGGGCAGCCAAGUGCUACCAGUAGCGAUGAUCGAUGAGGAUUGGGAUGGGGAAAUCUUGGAUGGAGCGACGUAUCUGGGAGUAGCGAGUCGAGACAAUGCCAAGCUGCCGAAUUUUACUCGAGCGGCCUACGUAUCAGCUCCCGUCGCUGCUGUCGUUGACCAUCCGGAGCGCACGGAAGCGGGUCCAUCGAUACAACGUCAUCCGGCUCUACCAAGAGAAUCUUGGGAAGUCCUCUUUCCCAUCCAUUUUGUGAACUACAAGAAACAUAUUCUCUCAUCCUGGCCUCCGUCUCCUCUGCCUCCUUAUGCAUCCGACUACCCACCGAUACCAAAUACCAUGGAUAGGGCGGAUCUCAUGGGAUUCAUCAAUGGGUAUCCUCGAGCUCGAAAGAAAAGAGAACAACCGCCAGACGAAGAGGAGAUGUUCAACCUUCCAGUGAGGUCUAACUCGGCGGGACUGAGUGCAACGUCCGAGCUGGAACCUGAGACCUCUAGACAUAGAAAGAGAGAUCCGACAGUGUCCAUCUUGAGCCGUUUCAGUAAUAGUCAGAUGAUCGCCGCUUUACGUCGGAUAGCGGCGGUCAUUCAGUUCAAGCUCGACAAUGUGACGCCGACUCUCCAGCUGCCAGUCAUUCCAGAACAAUACACCACCUUGCUUCCGACGCAACCCGCUUCAUCGGAUUCGGAUUCGGAUUCAGAUACAGACUCUGAUUCGUCCUCCGAUUUGGAUACCUCGCCCUCAACGUCACCUCCGGCCGUAAAGCAGGCUGCCGUGAGCAAUGGUCACUAUCCGACCACAACGCCUAGGCCCAGUGCGGUUGCCAAUCCACUCCCAUCCCAUCUUUCAAAAUGGAUCUUUGCUCUCCUUCUUGUGAUCGAUAAUCAAAUAUCAGGCGAAGAGACAUAUCAACUCCGAGAACUAGCACGCAUAUUGAUCAAAGUCGCAGCUUGGCGAUGGAUAGAAGGCGUAACAACCGGCGAAGUAAAGGAUGGUCAUGUGUUUGGUCAAGGCAGGAAAGAUAGACUCCAGGCCAUGCCGUUGCACGGAGUAUCAUCGUCUUCGAAACAGCGGUUGUUCGAUACUCUUGCCAAUGACGAUCCGUCAGCUGAUGAGUCAGAUGGGAGCGAUGAGACCUCUGUAGAUGGCGUUUUGACUCGUUGUUGGAUCCUUGUAUAUGCCAUUGCGGCUGGAUGGAGUCAACGGGAUCUGUUGGAUGAUCUCAGAGGGACAUUUACCUUACGGCCUAACGCUCUCAUGGUGCAUCUCGCACAAUCAGUCAUGGCGGCCACGAUAGCCGGGACCUUGUCUCAGCAGAGCACGACAUCUAUGCCUCAAGCUAAUAUCCCAGAUGACACAGGUCUAUCUGGGUGGCUCCGAUACGCUCAAGUCUCACCAUCAUCAAGCAUGGUAUCGUGUAAUGUGCCACGAUCUCUGUACAUGAUUGGCGAUUCUGAUACAUCGUCUCCGCUCUUCACUGCAGGCAUUGAGCUUCAAACGGCAUUUCGAUCCCUGUUCAGUGUGGAGCUCACGGUGGUAAAUACCGAUCCACCACCCAUUGAGAAUGCGUCUCGAGUGAUCGUUGGGACGAUUGACGCCUACACCUCUCGAUUUGGUCCUCUGGGCAACUCGACGCCAUUGCUUGACGAUGGCUUCUUUCUCUCCCUCAGUGAUUCGCUGAACCUCAUCAUCGGGUUCAACGAGCGAGCAGCGCUAUACGGAACCUACGAGUACCUCUCUCGCCUGUCCAUGGGGAAUCUUUCCGGUGUGGAGAUAGUUCAGAAUCCCACUCAACCCAUUCGAUAUGUCAACCAAUGGGACAAUCUAGAUGGAAGUAUAGAAAGAGGAUACGGUGGAUCUUCCAUCUUCUUUUCGAACGGCACGGUGGUCGAGGAUCUGUCCCGAGUGAAAGCUUACGGUCGACUCCUCUCGAGCGUCCGAUUCAACGGUCUCAUCGUGAACAACGUCAAUGCUCAGCCGGGUAUCCUGAGCUCUGCGAAUAUACAAGGUCUCACGCGGAUAGCCGAUACCCUCAGACCAUACGGUAUACAGAUAGGUAUCUCGGUCAACUUUGCGAGUCCUCGAUCUCUCGGAGGCCUCUCUACCUUCGAUCCCCUCGAUCAUGGCGUCAUCUCAUGGUGGAACGACAAAAUGGAUGCAAUAUAUAGGUCCAUACCUGAUUUCAUCGGACUCGUCGUCAAAGCCAACAGCGAAGGGCAACCUGGUCCAUUGACUUACAAUCGAACCUUUGCAGACGGUGCCAACAUGUUCGCUCGAGCUCUGAAGCCCCAUGGUGGUAUUUGCAUGUUUAGAGCUUUCGUGUAUACUUCUGUGCCCUGGUCAAACAUCCGAGCAGACCGAGCGAAACAGGCGGUAGAAUUCUUCGCGGGUCUCGAUGGACAGUUUGACGACAAUGUGGUCGUUCAGAUCAAGCAUGGUCCGAUCGAUUUUCAAGUCGAUGAACCUCCGAGCCCGCUAUUCUCACAGUUGACAAAGACGAAUAUGGCGUUUGAGAUUCAAGUCAGUCAAGAGUACACAGGUCAACAGAGUCAUUUCGUUUACCUCGCUCCGCUGUGGAAGAAAGUGUUGGAAUUUGAUAUGCAAGUCGACGACAUGCCUUCAUCCUUGGUCAGGGAUCUCGUCAGUGGAAGCAUCACCCGAAGACCGCUUGGAGGUUUCGCAGUGGUGGUGAAUGUCGGAUCGAAUGAUACGUGGUUAGGGUCUCAUUUGGCCAUGAUCAACCUUUAUGCCAGUGGGAGACUCGCUUGGGACGCGUCACAAUCGGCCGAGACGAUCGCCGAAGAUUGGAUACGCCUCACAUGGGGUUCCGGGUCGAGAUGGGUGCAGACUCUUCGUGACAUGGCAAUGGACUCUUGGGAGGCGUAUCGGAAUUAUACGGGUGUGCUUGGAACACUAUCGCCAAACGACGCAUAUACUCACUACGGACCCAAUCCUGAUACUGUGGAUGGUCCCGCCGGGUCGAGAUGGUUCAGAGCGACUGCCACUGGCGUAGGGAUGGAUCGAACCGUCCGUACUGGAACCGGCUUUUCAGGUCAAUAUCCGCCUCGCUUGGCAAACAUGCUCGAAUCUAUCGAUACGACCCCAGAAGAUUUAAUCCUUUUCUUCCAUCAUCUACCAUACACACAUCGAUUGACAUCGUCCGCAGGUGGUCAGACAGUCAUUCAGACCAUAUACGAUGCCCAUUAUGCCGGUGCAGAUCGAAUACACCAAUUUGUGAAUCAGUGGCGUUUACUCGGAAGGGCAACAAACGGAACGCAAGGUGGUGGUGGCACUUCAGGUGGCACAGCUGCUGGUGGUGGUGGUGGCGUCGUUCGAUCCAGUCAGAUGGUCGACGAAAACAGGUACACAUCUGUGCUGAGUCAGUUGGAAUACCAAGCGGGUCAUGCGAUCGUCUGGCGAGAUGCCAUGGUCAAGUGGUAUUUGAACAAGUCAGGUAUUGCAGAUGAGGUGGAUCGAUCGGAUGGAUCGUACAAGAUCGAAGCGACCAGUAUGGCGUCUAUUCCAAGCGGGUCCUAUAUUCCUUAUACUGUCAAACCAUGGUUCACCUCGAGUUCCGGGAAAGCCAUGGUACUCGGUUCCAACGGGACAGGGUCACUCUACACAUUACUGGAUUCCAUACCUGAUGGGAUCUAUGAUGUCAGUGUCAACUACUUUGAUCUGUCUACCGGUAUUUCGAAUUGGCAGCUCUAUCUCGGUCCGAUGGGAACGGAAAUGGCUGGACAAUGGAUGGGCAAUACCGAAUUUACACACAGUCACGUCUCUUCGCCAUACUUGGAUGGUCAUUCCGCCACUCGAAAGACGUUCAGAGGGAUAAGGAUCAAGCGAGGGGACACGUUGAAGAUCAGUGGCCAGUCGGGAGCCAGUGGAGCUAAGGGAGACCCUGCACCGAUAGAUUAUGUCUUGUUAAGUCCCGUCGAAGCUAAUAAUGCAGUGACUGACUGA